GAGAGAGAGAGAGAGAGAGAGAGAGAGAGAGAGAGAGAAGCAAAUAACAAGUCAUAGAUACCGAAAGAUGGACUUGAGCAUCAAGCGAAAUGCUGUAUACAACAUGCAACGAUCGAGAAAAAUGCAAAGCUGAGUGAAAACAAGCUAAUAAUAUCUAAAUACGAAUCGGACACGAAAAGUGUAGAACGAAAAAGUAGAGGACAAAAAUAGGCAGAAGGAAAAACUCAAGUGAAAACAAAUAACAAUUAAUGCAACAUACACACAUACUGAACAAGUGAUGGUCGAAUGCAGUGCGACUAUGUAUUCCCACAUACGAUGUAAACACACAAAGUGAAAGAGAGAUAGAGAGAGAGCGAGAGAGAGAGAGAAGGUAACGGCUACAGAAUACGCAAUAUUUGGACGGCAUUCGUUUGGUACGAAAUUUUAAUAAGUAAAACCAAAACAAGUGUCAAGGGAUAGUGACUUGAUAGUGUGACAGCAUAAUUAAAUACCAGUGCACAGUGCAUGUAUGAGAGAGAGAGAGAGAGAGAGUGAGAGAGACAGUGGCCAAAGCAAAAGCCAUACAUAAAUUGUUCAUAUAACAAAUUGCAAGAAAUUUCCAGAUCCUCAAGCAUUUCGAAUCUGCUGAAACUACGUAAUUGGCUAUUUGACUUGGUUUGGUGGCAUUGUUUUAGAAUCGUGACAAUUUUCUUGAAACCAGAUUUUGUGUGACAAUGUGUGUGUGUGUGUGAAUUAAAGUAAACACGACAAACACCCGAAAUAGGACGAACGAUCGUGUGUACGGACAUUUAUAUCGUGCUGUGCCAUUUGAUUCCGGCAAGAACAAAAACUUUUUCAUUUCUGCAACAUUCUCCGCCUGUGCAUUCGUGUGUAAACAGCAACUAAUUCGUCUAUACAUUCAUCUUUCCGCUAGUUGUUCCACUUUGUGUGGCACACAUACUCAUAUUUGGCAAAUAUUUAUUGUUGCUAAUCACACAGCGAGAACAGGCGAGCAUAAACUGGAGUGCUUUUCAACUCGGCCCAAAAAGUUUGUGAUUCUAGUAUCGGUGCCAAAGUCCAAAGCGCUAAUUAUUGGAGCCGAGCGCGUAUGAGUGGAUGAGUGGAGCUAGCACAGGACUAAAAAGGAAGGAAACGAGAAAAAAUAUAAAAAAGACGCAUUCAAACACACUUAACGUCAAAGGCGGCCCGUCCUUUGUAAUUGCAAGCACAACAGUUAUGUAUUGACCAUUUACAACAUCAACGCACUUUGUGAAUUUGAUUCGGGUAUGCAAUUCAUUUACCGCUGCUGCUAUAACUAUCACUGAAUGCUUUGACAGCUCGACAUCAUACUAAAUAUUAUUGUGAGUUACACAUUCCCGUUACGCUACCGCUAAGUCGCAUUGUAUGCGCGCACAUUCGGGUCCUCGUGCAUAUUUGAUAAUUUGUGAUUCGCUGCUAUUUGAUACAAAUUCCCGCUAUAAAAGUGGCAUAAAUUUAGUGUAAAAAUAGUACAGAAAUCAUAAAACAUAUUCGGGAAUUUCUCUAAAACUUAAACAUCAUCAUCGGCCUUACAUCUGAGCCCAUCAAAUAUAGAAACGCAAACAGAAAUAGAAAAGAAAAAAUUUGACAACGUUUGUACAAAGAAAAAGGAAGUGUAACGGAAAAGAGCAAACAAAACCCCAUUUUGCAGCGAAUGAAUUCCAGUGAAUAAAAUAUUUCGUUCUUUUUUACAUUCUCGUGUAUAUAAAUAUAAACAUAUUCAACAUUUUUCGUUGAGUCUUUCGCCAUUCUUGUGCUCCUGAUUCAAUCUCUUGUCAUUUACUUUUUAUUAUUAUUAUAAUUUAUAUUUCAUUCCGCUCAGUCGGUACAUGUUGGACUGGCACUCGCUACUUAUGCCAGUCAAUUCAAAAGUGGUUUCGUUUCUGCUUGUUGAUACGGUAAAUGCUCUUGCUGUGCCACCCACCACUAAUAUAUAAAAUAUAAUCGCGUACAAUCCAAGCGGGGCGAUUUAACCAAAAUACAAAAUAAAGUACGUACCAACGAACAAACGAACACAAAAAAAAACCAAAAGAACGAGAGCGUGAGAAGAGAAAAGCUCCACCAGCAGCUAAACAGAACAGUAACUAGAGUAAAAUUGCAGAAAAAAAGAAUAAAAAUCAAAUCAAAUCACUGCGUGAAAUAGAAACACAGGACCGCUCAAGCUCUUUAAUUGUGUGUGCGCGUGCGGAAAAGAGAGAGAGAGAGGGAGAGCAAGAGCCCAAUCCAAAAAGACAAAAAGAGACCAUUUUGCAAUGUGAAGGCGUAGGUUUUGUGAUAAUUGAAUGUGAAUCUCGUUUUGUUGUGCCGUUUAUCGUGCGAUUUUUCGCAUUAUUUUUUGUUCCGCUCCUCACACAUCGAAUCUCUGGCGCGAUUUUAGUAUCCGUUUUUCGUGCUUGUUUACGCCAAAUAAGUGAUUGCAUUAGAGGAACGAAGUAUCUGUGCCGCGAAUAAUAACACGCAUAUCGUCCCAACAACAUCCCUAGAAACAACAAUAACAGUAUACACACAUACACUGCAACAAAGCAACAGAAAACGAGGGAAAGAGUGUGAAAGGGAGAAGGAGAGAGAGAGAGAGAGAGAGAGAGAGAGAUAGAGAAAGCAAAAUCACCGAGAACCACAACUUUUCUAUGCAAUCUCUUUAUCGAGUGAAGUAGAAACCAUUAAUAGCGAGCAACGAUAAUAUAACAAAAAAUUAGUGUAGCGUAAAAAAACUGCGAUCCUUUUGAAGGAUUCAUCAAUUGAAUUAGUACAUAAAGCUGGAAUAAUAAAAAAUAAUAUUAACAACAGUAGCAGUUGAACGGCAAAAAGUCGACUCAUUCAUCUCAGUCUAUCUCGCUUAUUCGAACUUCCGAAUGGGAAAAAUUCAUUCGCAUUAACGAAAAAAAGCAGAGAGUGUGAGAGAAAGCCGAAAAAAUAGAGAACGAAUGGUAUUAAAAUAAUAAAAAAAAGCGAGGAGAAAAAAGUUAUAAGGUCGGCAAUAGCUCAAAUAUCAAAAGCUGAAUAUCAUAGAAAAACGUGGAGGAGGCAAGCGAGUUGUGAAGAGGUCAGCGGCAACAGCGGCACGAGAACUGAGAUAUAUUAAAGUGAAUCAAAGAAAUACGGAAAAUAUCUUUUUUGGACUCGCACCAAUUCGAUUACAUCGAGUUAGACAAAGAGCCAUCGUCUUCGGAAAAUCUAACGAAACUGCUACGCUCUACAAACAUACUCACACACAUUGGUUGAGAGGCAGAGAGAUAGUGAGAGAUAUAGCAUACGAGCAUCUAACUAAAGUUUAGAGAGUGCAUGAUGCUGCACACAAAUUUCACUUCAAAUACUAAACUGGACACAUUCGGUUGGUAGUUACAUCAAAACACAACGAUCGUGUGUUGUGUAUCGAAAAAAAGUCGAACGGAUUGAACGAAAGAACAGAGCGAAUUCGAAGAGGAAAUUGGACGGAGAAAAGAAGAAAAAAAGAAACGGUUCGAUUUCCAUGGAAUGAGCAGUAUUGAAUUGCGGGAAAGCUUUGCACAAGAAACCGACAACCGUUUGGAGAAAAAAAGCGAAGAAUAAAUAAACACACAUCCAGUUCCUUUCCAACGUAUACGUAUACUAUUUGAGCACACCGAAGCAAGAAAAAAAAGAAGGCGGCACAAUUCGAAUUGAAUUUCGGCUAAAUUUGGCAUACGCUUUCAUUUCUUGUGUCGUGAAUCUGCAAACACAUCAAACUUGGAUUCUCAACUAUAGAACAAAAAAAAAACAUUUAAAAAAACCAAACUGUUAGUAAAAAGAGUAGAGAAUCAGAGAAACGAAGGGAAAAAGCAACAAACAUUGUCGAACGUGGAAAAAAAGGUGAAAAAACAACUCGCAUAAAUACGAAAAAUCAACGAGAAAUUCGAAAUCGAAAACCGAAACGAAACCAAGAGAUAAAAAAAGCGGUACAUCUAAGAGGAAAAACGACACUAACCCUAAGAAACCAAACGAAAGCAGGAGAAUAAAACCUGAACGAGAAUUGGCCAGAGAAAAUUGCAAAAAGUAAACAGCGAAAGAAGCCAAACAUUGGAUCCGAAACAAGGCAUCCAAUAGUAGCAGAUAGAAUAGCAGUUGAAAGAAGCGUCAAGCUACAGCAACAGCAACAGCAUCCAGAUCGGAAGAGAAUAGAACGAUCUGUUGAAAGCGAACGACAGAGUGAGAAAAGUUGAAAGUGAACGCAGAUUAGAAGAAGACGUCCACAUUCUUCAACAAGAAAUCGCAUAGGAACAAAUAACAACGUCGGGACAUCGACAAAAGACAACAUAUUUCUACACAGAUAUAUCACAUACACAUCAACGCAUUAUCAUGAAGAUUUAUCUACUUAAGGACAUAUUUUCGUUGUAUUUUUUAUUAUUGAAUUGCGGUUAUUGCCAAAAUUUAGAUGAAUUAAUACCAACAUCGCAUCAUGACUCACCGACAGUUGUGCCGAAGUUCGUGUCGAGGGGACAUUUGUACAAAGCCAUCGUGGGCGACACGAUAGAACUACCAUGCAAAGUUCAAAAUUUAGGCACGUUUGUUUUGUUAUGGCGCCGAGGAUCUAGUGUCAUUUCAGCUGGCCAUUUGAAAAUUACUCGCGACGAUAGAUUUAAAAUAGUCGACGAUUAUAAUUUACAAAUAUCGAACGUUAAAACACAAGAUGCCGGUGAUUACAUAUGCCAAAUCGGAGAUCAAGAGACACGUGAUCAAGUGCAUACGGUCGAGAUUUUAGUUCCACCGACAUUAAGAGCUGUACCGCAAAAUGGACAGGUUGCUGCUCGAAAAGGUAGCACCGUUACAUUGGAAUGUAAAGCAUCCGGUAACCCAGUUCCAUCAAUUUACUGGUUUAAAAAGGAUAUUUUUUCCGGAUCAACUCAUUUGUCGGACUCUUCAACUCUCAUAUUGGAACGAGUAGACCGUCAUCAUGCCGGCGUGUAUCAAUGCGCCGCCGAUAACGGAGUACGAGAGCCGGUUUCCAUGGAUAUAAAUUUGACAAUUUUAUCGCCACCGGAAAUUACAGUCGAAAGAAGCUGGGUACACGCGAGCGAAGGUUAUGACAUUGAAUUGGCCUGUAUAGUACAUGGUGAUGUUACUUCCGAUAUGAUGUGGUAUCAGAAUUCAUUUUUACUAGAUCCCACGGACCGUAGAUCGAUGCAGUCUAAAGGUGAUCGCUACACACUCACCAUUCGCAAUUUUCAACCAUCCGAUUUCGGAAAUUACAGCUGUGUGGCUGACAAUGCUCUGGGCAGAACGAAAAAAUAUAUUGAAAUAUCGGGUCGCCCUGGACCAGCCGAAUUCAUUUCACCGACAUUCAGUGGCUCGCUUGAAGUAUAUAAUUUGACAUGGAGCGUUGAGUCGAUUCCACCGCUGGAGGAAAUCCGAUUGUUAUAUCGACGAUUAAUGAUGAACGAAACAUAUCAGCAUCCGGGAAAAUGGCACGAUAUUUUAUUGAUACCAACGUUGACUCGGUCCAAUGGUAAUCAUUACGUUAUGUCACAUGUGAUUCGGGGCUUGGAGGGAAAUUCCGUAUAUGAAGCAAUAGUUCAAGCGAAAAAUCGCUACGGAUGGAAUGAGAUAAGUGAUAUUCAUCAGUUCUACACGAGAAGCCAUGAGCAUCCCAUUCAAGUCGACGAUAUGGAAUACAAAAUGCAGCCAUCAACUGCACGUAAAUCAAUACCAACCAUCUCCGGCUUGACGCUGACCAUCCUUUGGCUGACCUUUCACCAAAUUCAAUAAUUUCAUUCAAUGUGAUUUUUUCCUAUUAAUAUAAUUACCACAUCAACAGAACAAAUAUUUAUUGACUUAGAUUUAACAGAAGAAAAAAAGAAAAAAAAAUGGAAAUAGACAGAAAAGAGAUAAUGUCAAAAUGCAUGUUGCAAUAAAACAUUCUCCAACACGGGAAAUCGAAUAACUGAUAGACAUUUUAGUAAGAUUAUUAGAAUAUAAGUUAUUUAUUACAGUAAGUGUAAGGAUAUGAAUCCAAUUUGAUGAGGCCGACUUAUGAAAAAGUAGGUUUAUGAAUCUAGAACAUAGAGAAACGAAGAAAAAAACAACGUAGCGAAUAUUUAUCGCUAAUGGAUGCCGAAAUUAUUGCAAUCAAAGGGAAAAUCUAUUAAAAUCGGUGCAAAAAUGAAAUAAACAAACGAGCCCAAUGUGGCAAAACAAAUGAGUACGCGUGUAAAACAAAACCAUUUGAUCAAUUUUAUUUUAUCAGAUCAGCAACUAUUUCCAUUAAUAGAUAAACGCUGCAUUGCACACAAAAAAACGAAUACUCACGACAAGAAUAUUAUGUAUAAACGUUUUUUUUUUUCAAAUUAUUCGUUUAUAAUUUUAAAGGAUGAUCAAAAUCGAUACCUGCAAUGAACAAAUUCCACCCGUCCUCAUUGUCAAGUUGGGUUGGUAACACGAUUGAUCCGCUUAAAUAAAAACGAGCCUAAUAGAAAAUUUUGAAAAUAAUCAACCCCAUUGUCUAGGACCGAAUCAAAUUGGCAAUUUCAAUAGAAUCUCACGAAUGUUUUUACUUCAUUUGGAAUUGUUUCUUCUUCGGUGAAGUCGUAAAAAGAAGCAUCUCAACUGAAACGAAGCUUUUAUAUUGGUUUUGGUCAUUUCGCACAUAAAUACAGCUCUAAACACUGUACACUGAAUGAUUUAGUUUUGGCAUGGGAUCCAGCUAAAGACCUAACGAAUGUAGCUCUACACAAUGAAGCAGAAUUAUCAAAAGCAAAAAAUGCAUGUUGCGCUGCAGUAUUGCGUUCGAACAAACAAUGAAACGAUGCAUUAAUUUGUAAGUAAACAUAAUUUGUAAGAAUAAACCAUUGGAAAUUUGAAUUUUAACACGUAAAUUUAGAAGAGAGAAUUACUCAAUAUGACAAUUGAGAGCAAAUGUAUUAUACAUUAAACACCAUAGAAUAGAUAAGAUGCGUUGAAUGAACAUCAAGUUCUACUGUGCGAUAAGUACACCACUUUUCAACCGGAAAAUUUAAAUGGCUUUAGAAUAUAGAUUUGUAACUAUGUUUGAAAUGAUUAACCAUAAUAUGCCCAAUAAAAUACAUGGCAUUUAUAAAUGUUAAAAUUCGUCGAAAUAGAGCGAAUAGCAGAAUGUCAUCAACACCCCAUUUGACAUAUAUGAAUAAGCGAUGAAAGACAACAGAACCAAAUCACAGAUCAUUCAAAACAUUGACAUAACUAUAGUAAAUUUGGAAAUGCAGUUGAAUUCAUAUUGACCGAGUAUAUUGUGUUGUCAGUUCAGUGUCAACUAAACUCAAUGCAAAGAUAAAUGCGUGUUUUUCCAAACGAAAUAUACUCGUAUUUGUUUUGUAAAAUCACAAAUAUACAAAUAUGCAACCACUGGAUCCAUAAUGUCUUGUUUUGAAAAAAAGGAGUCACAAUCCGAUAUUUUCACGUAUGUAUACCGAUGAGGAAGAAAAUCGAAAAUAUAGAAAAACAUUUUUUCCUUCGUAAGAGCACAUUUCAACUAAAAAAAAACACCGAAAAACCGCAUUUUACUAAAAUAAAAUAAAAUAAAACCAAACAUUUCCCGACUACAUUACGUUAACUAGAGUAUGUUGCAUUGAAAUCCAUUAAGAUUCGUACACAAAAUACGCACUUUGAUCUCCGCAGGAAGUCAUCGAAGCCAACAAUAGCAAAAUGUACGAAAACGAAAAAAAAAAUUAGAAGGAAAGAAAAGCAAUUUCUCUUUUUUGUUGUUGAAUUUGUUUAUUUAAAUUUUUUAUUUAGAAUCUUACGUGUAAUUAUAAAUUUAGAAGAAAAAACCCACAAAAAUGUGAAUUAAUUUCUCACAAAAAUAUUUGGUAACGAUAAUUUCAUAUAUAAACCAGUACUGACUAGACGUCAAAACCAAAAAAAUAAAUAAAAAAUAAAAAAGAUGUUAUAUGCGCAAGAAAUAGAGAAUAAAUGUAUAAAAAAGGCUAAUUAACGUACCUACAGAUAAAAUUUGUAUAAGGCGGUAUUAAAUUCGUAUGUAUCUGUCGUAUUUGGUUCAGUUAAUAUCAGAUUAAAUAAAAGAAAGAAAAUAAAAACCAUUCAGAAUAAUAUUUUUUAUUGAAGACAAAAUAAAACACAUGCAAGACUACAUAUUAAAUUAAUGUGAGAGAAAAUGAGACACAAAUCAGUAUUGAUGGAAUGGAAUAAUUUUUUUGAUGAGGUAAAGAUAUAUGGUGCAUGAAACGCAGUAGCAAUUCGUAAUUUGUUAUAUAAAUUAAAACAGAAUUAAGCAAAGAAAAGUAAUGAACAACAACAACAAAAUGAUAAUUAAAGCAAUGCACGACUUUCAAAUGUUGUAUUCAUCGUCGCGCAACUCUGUCAAUUUGUUGGUGACACUCCGCCACGUGCAUCAGACGAACGGUUUUUCAUACUGCACAUGCAAAAAGAAUGAAUUCAAUUCAUUCCAACCUCUCUCCACUUGAAGAAAAAAAUAAACUGCAGCAACACACACACAUUUCCAAACAUCAUGUGCAGCUGCACGUGUGUCAAAACGACGAAAAUGAACAAUAUACAAUAAACAUUUUUCAAUUCGGAAAAUAUUUCAUAAGCAAAAUAAAUGCGAUUUAACGAGGUUACUGUUGAUAGCUUACCAAACAAAAUCGAAUCAUUAGCCAAACCAAAUUAAACCAGCAAAAAAAAAACACACACACACACAGAGGAACUAAAAGGCGAAUAAAAUGAUUAAACUUUGAAAUGGCCAAAACAAAUACAAAACCACAAAAUGGAGUUAACGGACCGAAUCGAAUAAUUUGCCAUUGAAUACAAAAAAAGAGCACGGAGACAGGGAGAGAGAAUUUCAAGUGGUGCAAUCGAUACACGAUGAAAUUGAAAGCAAUUGAUAGAAAGAAAGAAUAAGUGCGCAAAUGAAGUCAAUAUAAUUAUUAUUCGAAUAAUAACAAUGGAUACCAGACUAACACAAAAAUAUUCAAAUAAAUACAAAAAAAACUAUCUUACCUUCUUUGUUUCUUGUCUGUUUUGGAAGGAUUGGUUGCAUUCGAAGAUACAAAUCCAUUUGUUUUGCUCAAUGACAAACCUCAAAAAGUAAGUAUUUGUUUCUUAUAAUUGGUGUGUGUGUGUGUGAGAGAGUUUUUUUUCGCAUGCUUUCGCCGUACCUACCACAAACAAAAACUGAUUGCAAUCGAAUUUCACGCAUGGAAAAAUGGGUUUAUUUUCCAUAGGCUUGCUGCCAUGUGAUAGCCGAUAGCCUCUUGUUUUUAAUUGAAAAAAAUUUAUAUCAAUUGGAUACAAAUUCAAUCCCGUUUUCAACCGAGACACACAAACAAACAAACAAAAAAUCUAUCGAAAGCAACCCGAAAUUUUCCGAUUGUUUUUUUCAAAUAGCUUUGCUCUGUUGCACCCCAUUUUGUUUGGCACCAUUGC